AUGUUUCUUGCCAGGCGAUCAGUGGCUCCAGCCCGGCAGGCGCUGCGACGCCAGCAGCCUCGCCGUUUUGACUCUCAUGCGGCGCAUCACGACCACCAUCAUGCCGGGCCUGUGAACGAAGCCUUUGGUCCUGGUUUCUACAUCUCUAUCGCCACUCUCGCCUCGGGGUACCUCCUCUACCGAGUCAGCAAGGCCAAGCAGGAAUCCGGCUCGGAGUCUUGGAUCACCGGCCUCAUUCAGAAAUGGACUCCCCCAGAGGAGCUCUGGGAGAGAAGAAAUGCCAUUCGCUCAGCAGCUAUGGACAAGGCCGCUGAGGACCGUCACUUGUUCAUGAGCGCCGCACAGCCCAGUACGAUUGAGCUGAAGGACCCUGAUAUCUUCAACGCCGGCUCCCCUUACAACGUCGCUGCUGGCACCACCGCCGACCUGAGCGCCGUUGCCGCGCACUACCACAAGAAGAACCAGGCGAUGGAGGAGGCGCGUGUCGCGCGCAUGAAGGACGGAAAGGUGGUAUCUCUCUAUGAGUAGGCUAGAACAAAACCUACAUAUACGAAUUCGUUCCGUCAUUGAGAAAACAACUGGGUUGUGCGCGUUGUAUUGUACAUAUAUCAGGACACGGCUUCCUAAGAAUUUCAUUGCUUCAUUACUUUUACUUCCCAUCCGCUGUUCGAUAGGAUGCACACGAGUGCCAUUGCCCUAUCUGGGGGGUUUUCCCCGGAUCGAGAAUAAUCGAAACAAUAUGCUUGCUAGAUUCGAUUUUAGUCGACAAAUCGUAUUUUUUAGUUAGUGGAGAAUUCUCCUCCGUAUCUAUCGAACACACCUAUUUUUAGGGAGAAUCUACUACUAAGGGACGGAGGAUCAUUGAAACAGAUGUAAAUCUAAGAAAC